AGGAAGUUUGUUACGCUUGUAACACCGUAACUCCUUCCGAAAUAGAGUAGUAAAAAAAUUCUACUUUGCUCAGCUGGCUUUUAAUAAAUAAAGGCCCGAAGCUGCAAAAAGGCCGUAAUAUUAGUUGAGUAAAUAGAAAAACAUCAAGUCGUAAAGAUGGGUCAAAUGAUGGGAUCUUACGAUGCCCGAAAGGUUGAUCUUUACAUGGAUGAUAAACCAACAUUUGACCCCCAAGCAGGAUUUAACUACCAGAGAAAACCAAGAGAAAUGGUUGCUCGUGAAGAAGAUUUAAUAUCAGCUAAGAUACCAGUAAAACAUCGUGAUUAUUGUGCUCAUUACUUGCUGGAUUAUCAAACAUGUCGCUACAAAAACAUGCCACUGCUGUAUAAGUGCGCUCAUGAGAAACAUGCCUUUUUGACCUGUGAAAAGGAUGAUUAUGUGCUCCGCAUGAAGGAAUUUGAGCGUGAGAGACGUCUCAGAUUACGUGAGAAGCGUCUUGUUGGUGUUGCAUAAAUAAAAUGAUUCUAUCAUGUUCAGUAGAUAAAUUGUGUUGCUAUGAAUACUGUGUAAAUAGAAUAUACAAAACAACUUUGUUAUUUGUUUGUAAGCCCCUUUUGUUUUACCAUUAAUUUUUUUUUAAAUAUUUAUUUAAUAUUAAUUAAUUAUAUUAUUUAUUGGCUUU